ACUUGAACUUGUGCUGUCAGCGCGCCUGCGCAGGGCGUCCAAGAGCAAACAUAAAAUUGGGGAACUGCGCUUGGGAGGAGAAACAACUUCGGAGAAAAGGACUGGCAAAGAAUCUCUGGGAUCGAAGGAAGAAACACGAGGAAGUCAGGUGCCCCCUCACUGACCACGUAUAGAAGAAAACAAGGAGCGCCUGGCACCCCCGUGCCCAUCAGGCUCAGUGCGAACACCAAGUGCCAGCCGUCCAUAGCAGGCCUCGCCUUCCUGGGCACAGCAGCGACAUGGCGGAGUGGAACUUUCUACAGGAGCUCUUCAGGAGCCUCCACAAUGACAUGACGGCUCUGGGCCGCCUUUGGCUGCUGCACGUUAUGGUCUUCCGCCUCCUCCUCGUCGGCACGGUGACUCCCAGUCUCUUUGAAAACGAAUACGCGGAGUUCACCUGCAACACCCAGAUGACUGGAUGUAGAGAGGUGUGCUUUAACAGGGCCACCACCAUCUCGCACUAUCGCUUCUGUGUCUUCCAUGUUGUGCUCCUGUCCACUCCCGUCAUCCUCUUCGUCACGUAUGCUUUGACUAAGAGCGCAGUGCAGCACGGCGCUGAGGUGGAGGCCUUAGCUGGGCAAGAGACGCAGCGUUCAAGGAGGAGACUCGUCUACCUUAUCAACGUCAUCGUCCGUCUGCUGGUGGAGGUUGGCUUCCUCGUUGGCCAGUGGUACUUAUAUGACUUCAGGGUGAAAUCCAUAUACAUCUGCACGGCACACCCCUGUCCCCACAAUGUGGACUGUUUCUUGGCACGCUCCUAUGAGAAAACUGCAUUUCUGUGCUUCUACUUUGGUGUCGGGGUGUUCUCUUCGGUGAUCAGUUUCCUCGAGGUCUUGUACAUCAUCCGCAAGUGGAAAGCAUCCGGCAGGGAACAAGUGGGGCACAACCAGUCCACCCUGACCCACAGCACGCCAGGCGCAGACGAGCUGCUUACCAUGGAGAGCCAGACAAAGACCCCUCAAGACCAGUGAGGGGCAACACCUGCCGAGAGGAACGCCAUUCCAACGACAGGCUCAGCAUUCCUGAAAACGCUUACCUCCGAUGCCAGCUCAUGCCAGUGGGUUGAGGUGGAGAGCUGCCAAGCCUGACCCGAGCCCCUUCUGCGCCCGUCCUGCUCGCUUGUCCACUUCCUUUGCUUCUUCCUGGUUUGCUGCUUAACUGGACGACGUUCUUGCUGGGACAAAACUGAACCUAAAGAACAAAGUAAUGGCUGUGAUUGAUUAAUAAAAGAACAUCCAUUAAUAUGGCAGGCUUGACGUCUCCACACGGUCGUAUCCGCACAAAGGCAGAUACAAAAUUGCAAGAAGAGACCCAAUGAAGGUUCAGGGAAGUCCACAGUGCAAAACAAUUGCUUGAAAAAUUUAGGAUUGACAAAUAUGAAUAAUUUUCAUACUGUUACAGUGCAUCCAGAAAGUAUUCACAGCGCAUCACUUUUUGCACAUU